CGCGCUCCCGCGGAUUCUGUCCCUCCGGAACCAGAGCGCGGGGAAGGCGGGGGCGGAGGGACGCUGGCCCGGACGGACCGCGGGCCGGAAGUGAAGUGGCCGUGGCCGGACGCGCAGGCCGCGCCCACAUCCGGUGGAGGGGAGCCGCCAUGGCGCACAUCACCAUCAACCAGUACCUGCAGCAGGUCUAUGAAGCAAUCGAUACCAGAGAUGGGGCGUCCUGUGCAGAGCUCGUGUCUUUCAAGCACCCUCAUGUUGCCAACCCACGGCUCCAGUUGGCCUCCCCGGAAGAGAAAUGUCAACAGGUUUUGGAACCUCCUUAUGACGAAAUGUUUGCUGCUCAUUUAAGGUGCACUUACGCAGUGGGGAACCACGACUUCAUAGAGGCGUACAAAUGCCAGACCGUCAUCGUCCAAUCUUUUCUGCGGGCAUUUCAGGCCCACAAAGAGGACAACUGGGCUCUGCCUGUCAUGUAUGCUGUAGCGCUUGACCUUCGAAUAUUUGCCAAUAAUGCGGACCAGCAGCUGGUGAAGAAAGGGAGGAGCAAGGUCGGGGACAUGCUGGAAAAGGCGGCCGAGUUGUUGAUGAGCUGUUUCCGCGUCUGCGCCAGUGACACUCGGGCUGGCAUCGAGGACUCUAAGAAGUGGGGGAUGCUGUUCUUGGUGAACCAGCUAUUCAAGAUCUACUUUAAGAUAAACAAGCUGCACUUGUGCAAGCCCCUCAUCAGAGCCAUCGACAGCUCCAACCUGAAGGACGACUACAGCACCGCCCAGAGGGUGACGUUCAGGUACUACGUCGGGCGCAAGGCCAUGUUCGACAGUGACUUCAAGCAAGCCGAGGAGUACCUGUCCUUUGCCUUCGAGCACUGCCACCGCUCGAGUCAGAAGAACAAACGGAUGAUUCUCAUCUAUUUGCUCCCAGUGAAAAUGCUGCUGGGUCAUAUGCCGACCAUCGAGCUGUUGAGAAAGUAUCACCUCAUGCAGUUUGCCGAAGUAACCAAAGCUGUCAGCGAAGGCAAUCUUCUGCUGUUGAACGAGGCUCUGACGAAGCACGAGACCUUCUUUAUCCGCUGUGGCAUUUUCCUUAUCCUUGAGAAGCUGAAGAUCAUCACCUACAGGAAUCUCUUCAAGAAAGUGUACCUGCUGCUCAGAACACACCAGUUGUCUCUGGAUGCUUUCCUGGUUGCCUUGAAGUUCAUGCGAGUGGAGGACGUGGACAUCGAUGAGGUCCAGUGCAUCCUGGCCAACCUGAUCUACAUGGGUCUCCGCUGCAGGUCUACCAGCAGUGUCCUCUCUGACGAGCCCUGUUGUCACCCGGACGCUGUCGUGAGCAUUCACCCUGCUGAUGCUGUGUUGGUGAUAAUUUCCAGAGAGUUCCGGCACGUGGCUGGCUCAUGCCGGUUGGGGAACAACAAGGUUCCAAGUCUGAAAGCGUUCCUGAAGACCUUGGUGACCGGCACGAAGUAGCAGGGCCAAGGGGCAUCAGUCUUCCCCAGACCUGGACCCUGACUCUUCUCCUACACGUGAUGGCGAGGCCGCUGGACUGGGAGAGCAGGGCUCUCGCGUCCCCUGGAGAGGAUCCCGCCGCCCAGGUCCCCACCGCACCCCCCCAUCCUGUCUGUCUGUGGGGGGCCUUCCAAAGCCCCCCCAGCUCCACGCCGGCCCGGGGCCACUGAGCUCCCGCCGGAGCCACAUCGGUGGCGCUCGCUCAGCACACACCAACCCCGUGGUGACCACACGAGCGCAUGCUCCCCUCUGGGCCCCUGAUAACGUAGGGCUGGGAGGUGGGGCAGGUGAAGAAAUGCGUAAAGGGUGGUGGUGGCUCUGGAGGGUCUGUUGUUGGCUUUGGGUACCAAGCAUUUCACGCCCGGAUUCGCCAGAGACAGUAGGCGCCACCCAGUCAAGCCGAAUCAGAUAAGCAUCCAAUGGCUUCUAGCACCAGCAUGUCCCCUGUUGUCUUUGGGACACAUUACACUAAAAGUUGUUCACUGUUUGUCUGAAACUCAA